UCUCAUUUAAAUCUUCAAAACCCUUGUGUGCCCUAAUCCCCAAUCUCUCUACUCUAUCUCUACAAUGAUUUCUCACACACAUGCAACGGACACCCAGACCAAAUCCACCGACCUCGCAUCCAAAAUCCUCGCCGCCACAACGCCGCAGCAGAUCGCCGCCGUGUGCGGCGCAAUCGAGUCGUUUCUCCACAAACACACCCCGGACCAGACUCGCUGGUUCUUCUCCAUCACUUUCCCAACCCUAAUUUGCAAAAUCUUCGGCUUCGCCGAGUCGCCACCUCACCGGCCUCCCCAGUCCCCCACCGCCUGGGUCGACUCGGUCGAUUCUGAGCUCGCUUCUAGGGUUUUCAACCUCCUCUCCCCGAUUGGUGUCUUGAUGUCUUCGAUUUCGGCCGUCGAUCGUCUUUCGUUGAUGAAGUACGUGUUUCCGAUCGAGCGAUUGCCUGAGUGGGUUAGGUUUUUGCUUCAGAGCGAGCGAGAUUGCCGGGUUUUGGCCGAUUUCUGUCCCUUGUUUAAAGGUAGGAUCAAGGAAGAUUCAAUUAAGGGUUCGUUUCAAGUUCAAUUGAAUGUGUUUGAGUAUUACUUUUUCUGGUUUGCUUAUUACCCUGUAUGCAGAGGAAAUAAUGAGAAUUCUGAUACCGUGAGGGUUCGGAGGAGUCGAAAGUUUCGAUUGGAGAAUUGGGCUUCUUCAUUUCCUGGAUUAUCGACCAAUAAGCGUGGUGGCUCAGAGCAGAAAGUUGAGUGUGGUUUGUAUUUACGCCUUCUUUAUUCUUAUCUUCGUGCAUUUGUGCCAAUUUCUGUUAAUACACACCAACCUUAUCGUAGCUCGCUUCUACAUUACAAUUCGAGCUAUGAUAAUUCUGUUGUCGAUCAAGCCGAGUUCAUUGUUAAUGCCCUGAAACACUUUUGGUUAGUCGAUAACGAUUUCUCACCCGUACCUGUGAAUGUAUGCAAAUCGUUCGGAGGGUCGUUUCCUUUUCGUUCGGUUCUUGGCGAGACUCCGCCCACUUCUGGGUUGGGAGAGGUAGUCAAUUUGUUUGUUAAGUAUCUGAAUUUGAGUUCAGUUGCGCUUACUGAAGUGUCUGAUCAGGUUGAAUGUAGUGAGAGUCCUAGGUGGAGGGUAUUGGGAUCUUCUGAUGUUUUCAAGUCGAGGAAUGCUAUGUCAGCAACUUCUGGUGUGGAUUCUAUUGGUUGCUGGAACUCAUGGAUUCAGAGGCCAUUGUACCGGUUCAUAUUGAGGACUUUUUUGUUUUGCCCUGUGGAGACUUCUAUCAAGAAUGCAUCUCAGGUGUUCUCUGUUUGGAUUAGUUAUAUGGAGCCUUGGACAAUCAGCUUGGAAGAUUUUAAGGAGCUAGAGGCAGAUGUUGGUACAUUAGCUAAAAAUACGACAAAGGUGAAUCCCCAAUAUUCAUCUUCAUGGCAGGCCUUUGUAUUGUCCAAUUAUCUGUUCUACAGUUCCUUGGUUAUGCAUUUUUUUGGAUUCGCACACAAGUUCCUUCACACAGAUCCAGAAGUAAUCGUGCAAAUGGUAUCAAAGGUUAUUAACAUAUUAACAUCUUCUGGGGAGCUGAUUGACCUUAUAAAGAUUGUGGACACUGUAUUUCAUUCGAAACCGGCUACAUCAUCAAAGUCAAUGCUUAAUAGUUUGUACAGAUUUGUUCCAACAAUACGUGAACAACUGCAGGAUUGGGAGGAUGGCUUAUGUGAGAGUGAUGCUGAUGGAUCAUUUUUGCACGCAAACUGGAAUAAAGAUUUACGACUUUUUAGUGAUGGUGAUGAUGGUGGACAGCAGCUGCUUCAGCUCUUCGUCUUGCGUGCAGAGUCUGAAUUGCAAGCUGUUUCUGGUGAUAAUCUUGCAGUCAACCUUCAGUGCUUAGAUUCUCUGAAAAACCGGAUAGGCUGCUUAUAUGGCGGCCCUAUCAUCAAGUCAGUAGCAACCCCACUUGAAGGGAGACAACGUCAAGAAUCACGAAAUGAUAUUUUCAAGCCUAGACGAGUUGGCAAAGGCCGGUCAGCUGAUAUAGAGUUCAAGGGUGACUGGAUGAAGCGGCCCAUCUCCAACGAUGAGGUUGCUUGGCUUGCAAAGCUGCUUGUCAGUUUGUCAGGCUGGCUGAAUGAAAAUCUUGGGCUAAACCAGGGUGAGAACAGUCCUGCUUUGUCCUAUGUGGAGGUUUCAGGUGAUCUUAGCAAUGUGUGUGGACCCACAGAGACCAUGAAAGUACUGUUGUGUUCUGUUGGUACUUGGUUUAUCACAUCAUGUUGUGCAGCAAUUGAGUUCAUGAAAAAGCAUGGUUUGAGGGUGAAUCUCAGGAUGCUAGCUUCAAAGAAGGUUGUAACAGUGUUGCUUGCGAUUGUUGUAUUGAACGUACUGAGGAAGGCUAUUACAAAGACUCAAAGAGUGUGAAUAUGGUGUAAAAAAAAGUAAACAAACAGAUUGAGAGGUGAGGAAUCAAAAGAUUAUCUUCUUUCAUGUUUUACAGCCAUCGAGUUAUCUUGUAAUUAAGCGGUGAAUUUUUUUUGCAACAUGAGAUUUCAUUUGGCUUUUAUGGUUAGGUUAUUGUUUAUUUAUUUUCAAAAUAUUUUUAUA